AUGGCGGCUCUUCCACGGGACCCGACCUCCUGGCAGCGGGGCUCGGAGAUAUGCGGCCUGAACUUUCGGUCGUAUUUGGCGGGCACAGGGGCCACGUGGAAGAAGAGCGGGGAGGACCGCGGCGAGCCGCUCUACGGCAGAGGCGUCUACCUGACCGACCGGAUCACCAAGUCGGACGAGUAUUCGAAGUCCGUCUUCAGCCCCGACAGCGGCGCCGAGCUGCACACGAUGCUGGUGGUGCGGUGCGUCGGCGGCCGCUGCAACGUCCAGACAGGCAGCGAGAUCGACACCGAGGGGCUCCGGAACGGAGUGUUCUUCGGGCCGUUCGACUCC